UGUGGCGUCAUCGCCGCGCGACGCGCCCGGCGCGGGGUUGCUGUUGGGGGGGGCAGUGUGGCGGAGCGCGGCAGCCGGCGCCAUGCCGGCCAAGAAGGCCUUCCGGCGGCGGAGGGAGGACGAGGAGGAGGACGAGGAGGACGAGCAGGUCGCUGAGGAGGUCAGGUUAAAACUUGAGGAAGCCAAAGAAGUUCAGAGCCUCAGAAAGCGACCCAAUGGGGUGAGCGCUGUAGCUCUGCUUGUGGGAGAGAAGGUGCAAGAAGAAGCAACACUUGUGGAUGACCCAUUUAAGAUGAAAUCUGGGGGAAUGGUGGACAUGAAGAAGCUGAAAGAAAGAGGCAAGGACAGGAUUAAUGAAGAGGAAGAUCUAAACUUGGGAACUUCCUUCUCGGCUGAAACCAACAGGCGGGAUGAGGAUGCUGACAUGAUGAAGUACAUUGAGACUGAGCUGAAGAAGAGAAAGGGAAUUGUGGAAAACGAGGAGCAGAAGGUGAAGCUUAAGAAUGCUGAGGACUCCCUGUACGAGCUGCCAGAGAACAUCCGUGUGUCCUCUGCCAAGAAGACUGAGGAGAUGCUGUCCAACCAGAUGCUGAGCGGCAUUCCUGAAGUGGACCUGGGAAUUGACGCAAAAAUAAAAAACAUCAUCUCAACUGAAGAGGCCAAGGCCAAGCUGCUGGCAGAGCAGCAGAACAAAAAGAAAGACAGCGAAACUUCCUUUGUUCCCACCAACAUGGCUGUUAACUACGUCCAGCACAACAGAUUUUAUCACGAGGAGCUAAAUGCACCAGUGCGAAGGAACAAAGAAGAGCCAAAGCCCCGUCCACUGAGAGUGGGGGACACGGAGAGGCCAGAACCUGAGCGGUCUCCUCCAAAUCGCAAACGUCCGCUCAAUGAGAAAGCAACAGAUGAUUAUCACUAUGAGAAAUUCAAGAAGAUGAACAGACGGUACUGAGGAACGCGGACUGAAGUCUUUGCCAUCGUUUGUAUUUUCUACUAUUAAAGGAUUUUGUGUCAAUGACGUGAAAUGGAGUUGAGGAGAGUCACGGCCUUCGUGUGCUGGUGUCACCUACAAAGCUUUUCUUGUGAUCUUGUCGUGAAUCAGUUUGCAGGUGAUCGUGAACUCUUUGGUUGGUAAAAUCUUACAUAUAACUUAUUUUCAAUUAUAAAACUUCUAUUAUAAGAACGUGAGCUUUCACGUUUGGCGUUUUUUCAGGGAGAAAACAAACUUGCUUUUACAGAUUCUUCCACCCUCUUCAAAAAUACGAAAAAACAAUCCUUUAAAAGCAGCAGUGCUGUUUGCCUUGUAAAUAUUAAAGGAAAGGUUUAAAGCUGUUUUGCUUUAAUAUAACUUUGUAAGAGACUUGUAGUUUGUUCCUCAGGGCUUUUGCUGUGCAGAGUGUGUCAGGCUCCGGAAUAAAUAAUAAGUGUUGUCUGUGCCUGGCGCCGGGGAUUUUAUAUCACGUGCCGUGUUGGUUUAUAUCUUUUUCUCCCUGUAGACUUAUUUCUGUAGCAGUUUGCUGCGGUUUAUUUUAGCUGUGAAGAAGAAAAUUAGAUCAGGUUGUAGCUGAUGAAUUGGAGGAAAACCUCAAUUUCAGCAGCUGGUGAAGAGGCCGAAGCCCCCGUGGGGGUGUCAGCCGUGUCUUCCCGCAAGGUGGGAUGUGUCGGCACUUUUGAAGGCAAGAUUUGAAAGGAAUAAAAGUGUUUUUCAUUGAUCGUAAA